CCAACUCUCGCGAUAUUUCGGCCUCUCGGUUACCGACCCGUCUUGGAUACCCCAGUUUCACCGCUGAGAAACAUCAACAUAGUAACCCGGGAAAGGCAACCUCAGAGGCGGGUAGAGACAUUUCUCUCUAGGAAUCUCACCGCCGACCUGGAUAUUUUGUUCCCUUUUUUGUCAACAACAACAAGAAGAAGAAGAACAAGAACAAGAACACGAACAAUGGCUGCAUGCCGCUAGAAAAAGUUGCUAGCUUAGUUUGGCACAACUGUUAGCUCAACGUUAGCUGGCUAACGUUAGCUAACAGCUGAACGGAGCUGAAGGAGUCUGGAGAAGUUUGGGAUUUUCUUACUGCGACGAAGUCACCAUGAAUGUGGACAACUAGACACGUCGGAUCGUUUCUCUAAAGGUGAAUGAGGAGAUGAGGAGCAGCAGGAGGAUUGAGGUGUCUGUUAAAAGCUCUGCUCAGCAGCUCACAGAUCACAAUAUUGGUACAGAGCUGACAACUGCAUGGAAAAGUUUGGCUCAGUCAAAAGCUGCUUUGCGGCAUAUAGAAAACCGUUUAGAGGCAGCUCCAGGGACAGGGGUUCUCAUGGACUCUGUCAUGGACCCUCCCAAGAAGAAAACCUCCAGGACGGUCCGCUGCAGGGAAGGACAACAAGCUGAUAACAAUAGAGGGUCUUCAAAGCACAGGAGGCGUAGUCAGCAGAGUCCAGAAAAGAGCAGCUCACGCAGCCCACUCAGAAAUACCACCCAGGACAGCAAUGUCCGCAGGAACAACAGCGUGGAGUUCAGGGAACCGCUGGCCUCCUACAGAGAGGCCACCCCUCCACCACAUCCCUCCACUCAGCUGGAGGCCUACAGUCUGCAGUCUGUGCCAGCGUCUUCGUACCCAUCGUCUUCACCUCCAUCAGAUCCUCUGCUCAGCCAGCUGGUCUACCAGAGAGACAAUAGGGACAAGCAGACGGACAGGGACCUGGACAGCACACGCUCCUCGACCCUGGAGAGCACCGAGGUCCGCUACCUCAAUGACCAGCCAGCCUUGGUCACCCUAAGGACUAUUGGAAACCAUCAUAUGGGUGUACGAGUCCCUACAGGGGAGGGGGCUGAGGAGGAAAGCACUCCCAAAGCACAACUUGGCAAGGACAGCCACGAGUCAAGCCCAUGUCUAGCUCAAACGCCAGGCUCCAUACGCAGAGGGGACAGCACCCCCUCCACCAGCCCUGGCUCAGCUUCCCAGCGGUUAGAGAACCUAAGACGACAUCAACCUGAUGAUAAGCUGGAGAAGCUCAAAGAGCGUAUUCGCAGGCAGAGACAACAUCUGGAGGAGGCUGCAGAGAGAGAGAAGCUGCUGGGUUAUCUGGAGCAGCCCAUACCCGUGGGGAGUAACAAUGCUGGUACUAGCAAGAUGCCCUCAGCCAAAAUACGGAAAGUAGCAGCUGCACCGCCUGCACCUAUUUACAAAGGUUUCAACAGUACUGAAACAAAGAUACGGACUCCUGAUGGGAAAGUUUGGAAGGAGGAAGAAUUUCAUAACCUAAGCAGAGAAAUAUACAGAGACCUGUCGAGACAGUUUGCUGAGAGCACCAGAUCCAGGGAUCAGCAGAAGGAACAGAGGGCAGACAGGUCUAAAGAGAGGAGGCCUCCCAAACCAGUCAGAAAGGUCCACAGAGCUGCCUCUUCGUCUGACCUAAAUGCAAAACCAGCAGUGAUAAGUCCUGCAUCGUGGCGAGAGGGCCAAAAGCUGGUAAAGAUGGUACUGGGUCCGGUUCCCAAGCUGCCAAGGGAGGACAGGCCCCAGCCAACUGAUGGAGUGAGCAGAACAGCUUCCCGUCAUCGUUCCAGUUCAGACCCGCGCUCAGAAUCAAAACCCAGGUCUCAUCCUAACAGCACAGAAAGGCCUCAUAGAGGAUUUCGGGGACAAUCCAAAAGCCAGUCCACAACCACAUCGACCCUUUCAUCUGCAGGUCAGGACAAGGCCCCAGUGGGUGUAAGCGCAGACCUGCUGUCAGCAGAUAUCCAGGGAAUACUCGAUGACCUCCAGCUAGAAUGCAAAGCAGCUGAGAGGGAAGAGAGGGCCCGUCAAAGGUCACGGGGUGGGAGCAAUGGUAGGAGAGGCAGAGGGGGAUCAGGGUCACAAACGAGGACUCCUGUCUCCGCUUGGGGAACUACUGUAGGUAGCUCCUCAAGAGGCUGCCGCAGUGCCAGCCCCACUUCACACCGUCCAGAGACUACCAACAUGGCUGAUGCAGGAAACAAAAAGCGUCACUAUGACGCAGAUACUGUUCGCCAGUACAUUUCCAGACAACAAGAGGAGAGAAAGAGGCGUCAUGCAGAAGAGAAGAGGGCACUGAGAGAGGAGGCAGAGAGGAGAAACCAAAGGUUGCAGGAGCUCUAUAGAAAGCAAAAAGAAGUGGUUAAAACAGUGGCUCUUACCAGUGAGGCCCCUGUGGCCCCUGUACAAAGGCGACUACAGGAAACCUACAACAAACUGCUGCUGGAGGAGGCCCAGCUGGGCGAGGAGGCCACACAGACGCAACCAGCUGCUCCUUCUAGUCAAACGAGGCCGAUGUACCAGCCCUCAGGAGAGUCCGAUAAAGAGAACAAAAGACUGGAGGCACCGCAGAGCCCCUCGAGCAGUGACAGGUCUUUAAAUGAUCACCCACCUCCACCAUUAUCCAGGAAUGAUUUGGAUGUCGGCGUUUCCUCUUUGCUUCAGCCUGGCCAUCUGAGCCCAGCUGUUCGACCUAUGACCGGUCCCAGCGGCAACGCGCUUGUCCCCUCAAAUGACCAUCUCCUCUCUCAGCUUCUAAGGCUGGAGACUGCGGUGGCAGCUAGUAACAUCCAGCAUGCACAGCGAACAGCUACAGCACCUUCCAACAGGUCACAGGCCAAGAUGUCCCGCAUUGAGGCCCUCAAGGCCACAGCUGCGUCCCUCUCCAACCGCAUAGAGAGUGAGGCACGUAAGUUUGCUGGGGAGGGGAUCAACUAUGGUACAGCAACUUCAAUAGACGUGGAUACUAUUUUGGCUCCAAGGCCCUCUCAAGCUCAUCUUGAUGCUGGAUGCUGGGCAGAAACAGCUGCAACAGAAAAUAAUGACAUUGCAUUGAGGAUCCAGAGGAUUUUGACUAGCACAGGUCAUAGUUCAUUCAAUGGCACAGCUCUUCCAGGAGCAGGCAAUCUGCACACUCUCAGGGGACAGAACAGUUAUACACCUGAAAGGAGAAAGCUAGUCAAUGGCUUGGAAAAGGUAGAGAGAAUUGAUAAAACGUCACAAAGGAGAGGACAUGGAUUUACAGAGGAUAAGAAUCAGACAGAUCUCCAUGACUCAAGUGCUGGCUCCAUCAGUGAGGGUCCUCUUCUGAGUGAGGGGAGUUUUUCUGAGGAUGAGGCAAGCCCUCCUCAACCCUCCAGCAAUCGUACACCUAGACCAGCUGACCGUCUGGAGGCGGUGGACUACUGCGCGGCUCAAAGAAGAGAUUACCAGCGUUUGUCAGAGUUCCAAAGGGAGGCAGCGAGGUGCUCGGCCCUCAGCUCACCCUUUGUGCAGCAUGAUGGCAGCAAAGCAGCCUGGGAGGAGCUUAAUAAAGGAAGCCCUCUAAGUGUGAUCAACAUUUUUACGAAGAACCUUCAUGGCUAUGGUCGAGUGAGUGAGAGACACUCUCCCCCUGCCCAUUCUUUACACUCUGGAAAUGGCCCUGUAGACGCAGCAGUCUAUGAAGAUGAUUUUGUGUCAUCACAUAGCAGCGGAGCCAGUGGACAGUUACAGAGAAGCUCCAAUUCACGCAGCGUGAACAGUCAUUUUGAGGAGCUGAUGAGGAGGUCUCCUUAUGACAAAAGUAUAGGAGGCAUCAGUUCCCACCAUUCAUCCAAUCACUCACCACAUCUUUCUUCUGGCUCACCAUCCGGCUCCUCACCCUUCUCCAAACACUCGAGUAAAAAAAGAGGCACAGCGUCAGACCAGAGUGAUGCCACUCUGGUGGAAGAGCAGGGGAGCUCCUGCUCACCUCCCUCAGAGGCAUUGUCAUCUGACUCCAGGAAGAGGGGUUCAGACAAAAGCUCUGCCCACAGCCAGGCCAAGAGUGUCCACCAUCAUGAAACUUUAGGAGAAACUACUCAUCAAAGUUUGGCACUUGACAGUAAGAAGUCUUCAGCAGCCAGGCCCAAACAGGCUUCUCCUUUUGGCUCACCAGACCCAGGUUCUCCUCCUGGUGCAGACUCUCCCAGUGAGCCAGUGAGAAGUGGCUCUCUAGGGACAAAUAACCCAAACACAGGCACCACAGCUCGUAGUGGUAGAGCAGAGACCAAGACGACAGGUGAACUACAGUAUUCACCUGCUGUCUUGCAGCAGCGCAUGGCAGCAGAGCUCCAGUACCUGGAGUCCAUUGAGGAGUCAGUCCGACAACUGGGGGACGUGGAGAGGCUUAUGGGUGUGGCCAUGGCUCAGCAGGAGAGCGCGUCAUUAGCCCAGAUGCUCAAGGCCAAGCAGCAGCGCCAUGAGCGUGACCUUUACGAGCUGAAGAUCAAGGCUGAAAGGGAAGCCCUGGAGACGCAGCUCCAGAUGGAGGAAAACAGGCAGAGAGUGGCCAGGGCUCAAAUAGAAAUACAGGAAAGCUUGGCAGGAGCUCAAAAAGAGACUUUGGAGGGACUCCAGGAAGCAACUACAAAGAUGAUGAGUCAACAGGCUGAGGCAGCGCGGUACACAGCCGACACUGCCCGACACAUCAAGGAGAUGACAGAAUUGGCGAGGUCGCAGAUAGCAGGAGCUUUGGUUGUCCCCCAUGUUGCCACUGAUUCCUCCAUGUUGGAUGAGCGGGAUGAACAGCAGAGCUCCUAUUCAAAGCAGCAACAGGACAAAAUUGACUCUGACAGCUUCCAGAGUGAGGUGUCGAGCAGAAGGGCCAGGCCAGAGGAACCCCUGUCUUCUCUGAACAGCCUUAGUCACUCUGACUCUCUAUCCUUCAGAAGACCAAACCACAGUGGAGCAGAUUCAAGCAGCCACCAUAGCCUAUCGCAUGUCUCCUCGGACCACAGAGGACGGACGAAAAAAGAUGCUGUAGAGGGGAAAAGGAGGAAGGGGGGAGCUGAAGAGAGGACGGAGAGGGAAGCAAGCAGCAGCUCCAUAGAGGAGGAAGUUCUCACAGCAGCCAAUGAGUCCCUCUGCAGUGACAGCAUCCCCUCUGUAGUAGAUGAGAAAGGAGACAGCACAUCAGUAGCAACAGAGUACUCUCUCAAGUUUGAUGAGUCAAUGACGGAGGACGAGAUAGAGGAACGCUCUUUCCGCUCUCUGCUGCCAUCUGAAGCGCACCGACGCGGAACUAAGGAGAAGAAGCCCCGUCACCAUGAGGAAUCAGAGGAUGAUGGAACCAAUCACAACACAACAUUGAUUUCAGGGGCACACAAUAUCUUAAAGUCUCAGGAUGCAAACAUGGCCUUCUCUGGUGGACAAGACAGCUUCUCACAGUUCACCAUGGACAUGGUGCGUCAGUACAUGAAGGACGAGGAGGUAAGACUGCAGCACCAGAGCUCUUUGCUGCGUCUUCGCCAGAAAGCUCUCAAAGAGAAGACCAAAACUGAGCUGGCCUGGCUAGAGCACCAGAAAAAGAGGCUGAGGGACAAAGGCGAGGAUGACAAAAUGCCACCUAUCAGGAAAAAGCAGAGGGGCCUUCUGCUAAAACUACAGCAGGAGCAGGCUGAGAUCAAGCGACUUCAAGAGGCCAACAAAGCAGCCAGGAAGGAAAGGCAGCUGUUGCUGAAGCAGCAGGAAGAGAUUGAGCGGAUGAGAAACUCUACACUUAGACUGAAGGAGCGUCUCAAGUGUGCUGGCGGUGAAGCGCCACCUGAGACUCCUGUGUCAGAAACCCCUGAGGCAGCCUCCCCCAACAUGAGACAUGCUGAGGAUGUCCGCAGCCCCUCUCCCUCGCUCUCCAUCUCUGGAAGUGAGACUAGCAGCAUCAUGCAGAAGCUCAAGAAGAUGCGCUCUCACAUGGAUGAGAAACACUGUUCUCCUGUCCACUACUUCUUCUCUGUGUUCACGGCCCACCACUGGGCCUCCCUCAGUGUCUGUCUUCCCAACCUCCACCCUAAAUUCCAGCUCUUUAUCUACAACCAGUUGGUCAGGUUCCUCACAAAGCGGGAGCAGCAACUUAUGCAGAGGCGUCAUCAUGCCGAGGAGCUGCUGCAGUGGAAACAGCGGCUGGACCAAGAGGAGGCAGAGGUCCGUAGGAUGGAAAAGGAGGCCCUGGCUGCAUGGGACAGGCAAACACCUCGGGACAAUGACAUGGCAGAGAGUCAGAAAAAGGAGAUCUCGGACAUGAGUCCCAGCCCAAGUCACCAUCAAAGCUCAGAGCCCAGAACUGACAGCGAGAAAGAGUAUGCGAGUGAGGACAACUCUGUGACACCUGAGUCCAGUAUACACACUGAGGAAAUGGGGUCCCAGCAACUAGGAAGCCCAGCUUCAGUACAGCCUGCAUCGAUCCCCGAAACACCUUUGACCUCUGUCCAGUGCAGCCCCGCGAAUUACACCCAGGACUUCACUUCAGCUUCUCAGUCACCGAGCAGACAAUCUCUCCAGUCUCCAUUCAAAGGCAGCCACAGCCCCACUGCCUCUCCUUCAGAUGGUAGCAGCAAAACCAAGAUGCAGCUUCGCUCCUCCUCCCGGAACGCCAACCAGGCCCGCACUCAACUAAAUGACUCCCCCGUGGCCACGCAGACUGAACCCAUUUCAGACCAGAGUGACAUAGAGAGCCGUAUCAAGGCCCUGAAGGAAGAACUGAGAAAAAGAAAGUUUAUGGCCUACCAACUGAAGAAAGAGCAGAAGAAAAGGCACAAGGAGCGGCUGAAGGCACAGGAGGCCAGUCUACUGAAGCAGCUGGAGAGCUAUGACAACUUCAUUGAGAAAACGAAGGCAGAACUGAACAAGGAGCCAGACUCUACACCUGAUACAAAGUCCCAGAUCAUAGAUUCCAUAUCAAUUGCAGAGCAGUCCAGUAUCAAAUCACCUGUUCCCAGGUCUGAAAGCAGCAAAAUCUCUGACUCUGGAAGAACGCAAAUUGAUGCCUCAUUAGAUCACAAUGCCCUUCAUCAACCUGAUCGUAGUAGAUCCACCUCAGUGCCUGAAGAACUGUCUGAUGAAGACCCACCAACAGUCACUCCAACUCCAGUGCACGGCAGCCCAGAGCGUCCAACCUCAGAACAGAGGAGCCACCUGUCGACAGAGGGUCUUCUUAGACCUUCGUCUAAGGAAGCCCAGGCACAGAUGAGUGAUUCUGUGGAUGAGCACAUUGAGUCUUAUCAAAGAUCUGACAUUCAGGAAGAGCUGGAUGUGGAUGUAGGCUCCAUAAUUGAGGACCGACAUUCAGAACAUCUUCUCAAGCUAGAAAAGGAAGACCGACUUGACUCCCAGGAGAAGCUUCCUUCCAUGAGUGAAGAACAUCGAUAUUCUCCAUCUGUUAGCCGGGAACAAGAAAAAGAUCAAAAGACGAGUGAGACAUCUGAAGCUGAGGAAGCUGUAAAAUCUACCCCUACCUCUGUCUUGCAUGACUUAGUUGCCUUCUCUUCAAAGAAGGAGGCACCCAUAAAGGAUGUGGAGGCCUCCUCUCCCAUAGUAGAUAGCUAUCAUGAUGACUUUGAGUCAUCAGUGUAUUCUUCACCCAGGGAGGAGCAUCAUAGUUCCAAGCCUGGCUCUCGCAUCUUAGAUUCCCCUGUGGAGAUCAAGGGUUUGACAAAAGACUCCCCCAGCAGAGCCACACCGUAUGACAGCCAGGAUGAGGAGGUAGAGGAAGAAAUAAUUGAAGAUCUGAGUCACCAUUCGGGUAUUAGUGGGGGUAGCUACCAAUCUGAAAUACUGCUAGAUCUUCAUAACCAAACUCAAGACUCCAAACAUGACGACAACAAGGACAUUGUUAGUUCCAACCACUCUACACCCAUCUCCCCUUUGCAGGCCCCUCUCUCUCCUGUCAUAGAUGAAAUGUCAGGUUUUAUCAUUGGAGAUCGCGUUCUUGUUGGUGGUGUUCAGCCCGGCACCUUGAGAUUCAAAGGCCCAACCAGCUUUGCUAAUGGCUUCUGGGCUGGUGUGGAGUUAGACAAGUCAGAGGGGAGCAACAAUGGCACUUAUGACGGAGUGGUAUACUUUGAGUGUGAUGAGAGCCACGGUAUCUUUGCUCCUCCAGACAAGAUCACACACCUGCCAGACAAGUUUGAGAUCUACACAGACACCACGGAGGAUGAGGACUCAUUCUUUGAUGAUCUGGCAGAUAAAGGUGGGGAUAAACAUAAAACCGAUGAAGAUGAAUCCCAGAAAGUCGGAAAUCUGAACAGUAAAAACGAACAAACAUCUCUUGAAGUCUCUGGAGAUAAAAAGGUUACAGAUGAGUCCGAUCAUAACUCUGGAACCCACCUCAAUUCACAGCAUUACAAAGAAUCUGAUCAUCCCAUUUCUAAUGGCAACACUAGGGACAUCAUUUUGGAGUUCGAGGAUGGACCAACCACCCUCCUCAUCUCUGACAUUGAAAAGAUUGGCCUUGGGAAGCAGAGUCAGAAGGACAUUACUACCCUUGAUAAUAGAGAAGACGUAGAAUCUCAACACCAGUUUACUCCUGCAGAGCUUUCCACAGAUAUCAGGGAUGAUGGGAGAGAACAGAAAGGUCUACUGGACACAUAUGCAGACAAGCUCCUCAACAAUUUUGUUAAGGACACUGUGAUGCAGUUUGCUGAAAUUAAAAAGGCUAAAGAGCAGAAGAUAGAAGCCGCCAACCAGAUGAAUGGAGACCUGUUUGGGGAAAAUGUUGAAGAAGAAGAAUGGUUCUCUUCAGCAGAACAAAAGGAUGGACUGCCAUUCUUCUUACCUGCAGAAAAAGAGGAGCUGUCUUCUCCAGAGCUGUGUAACCGACCGGAGAGUCCAGUGUUGGGGGCCAGUGGUCAAGAAGAGCUUGCCAAGCGACUAGCAGAGCUGGAACUGAGCCGUGAACUGCUCGAUGAGCUAGGUGACGAUCAGGACUGGUUUGAUGAGGACUUUGGCCUCAGCUCCCGUAGAGAACAACAAAGGCUCAAACAGAAACAGAGAGAGGAAGAGGAAGAGGCGAGGCUGGGAGUAGGAGGACUGGGGAGGUCUAGCUCAUCAGCUGGAGCAGCCCUGGGGGGGCUGGUCUCAUCACCAGGUGGGGAACAGCAGGUAAAGACUCCACCUAGACCUGAGCUACCUCUCCCCCUUCCUCCCAAACUUCCCGAGCAGCCUGCCAUGGUUGUGCCCCACUCAGCAACGGAGGUGGAGAAGAUGGUCCAUGCUGCCACUCAGGAGAUCUGGGAGAGCUGUGGCCUGGGGAAGGAGGGAGCACUGACCCUUGCACAUCUGCCAAACCCCAAACCUUCAGAAGUGUAUCUGGGUAUAGAGGCCAGCAGCCAGGACCAGGAGGCCUGCAUCCGUAGCUACAAACAGGCUGUGUAUGACCUGACAUGGGAGAUGCUUCAGGAGAUCUAUGCUGAGGACCCCAAUGCUGAUCAGCCUCAAUGGGUGAAACCACGUCGAGUCAAGUCUUCCUCCUUCCAUAGAGUGAAGACACCUGGAGACAUCACCAAAGUCCAGGAGUUCAUUGCAGCAGAAGUACUGAAACUGUACGGCCUGACAAAAGAUCAGAGCCAAAAGACUGACUGGCAGAAGAUGCUCAAAUUUGGCAGAAAGAAGCGUGACAGAGUCGAUCACAUACUGGUUCAGGAACUCCAUGAGGAGGAGGCCCAGUGGGUCAACUAUGACGAGGACGAGCUGUUUGUAAAGAUGCAGCUGGCAGACAGCAUUUUCGAUGCUUUGUUAAAGGACACUGCGAACGUGCUGACGCAAAUCUACGACAAGAGGGCCAAAAGAGACGCCCUCUCCUGACAGCUUUCCUGCUCCGAUUUUUAAACGACAACCUCUAGCUCAAUCCUAGUCUUUCCUCACCCCAGUGAACUGCAGCCAACCUACCACCGCUCAGUCUUCCACCAGCUGAUGUGCCAACAGCAACCCUCAGAUGCCUUUGUUCCCAGCAUUACCUCCUACUUAUUUCUGUGACGUUCAUUUGCUGAAUCUGUGUCAGCUAACUAUAGUAGUUCUAUAAUUUGUUCUACACACAAAACACCUCUUGAGCAAUCCAGCCUUCUUAAACCUUAACACCGUCUAGUCUUUGUUCUCGGCUCCUGGAGUAGUCCUUUUUGUAAAUUCCAGUUGGAGAAUGAGUCGAUGUUUUGAUAGAAUGGACUGUGCCAUUUGUUUGCAUUGAAGUCCAUUGAUGCUGCUAAAUUGAUUGUUCCAUAUCGGACUGUAAUAUAAGAUCCACUUGGAACAAAAGUAGGUUGUUAUAUUUUGUAUUGAAUCUUAAAGUAAAUAUAUAUGAAUUCAAAAUUGUAAUAGAAAAGAUAGAAGAUAAAAAAUAUACAGCGUAGUCCAUAAAUGAUUUGACAGUGACACAUUAUUGUGUUGGCUUUGUAAUCCAGUACAUUGAAAUGAAACCAUGACAAUGGUUAAAUAUUUAAUCUGAGGGUGAUUGAUUUUGGGCGAUUAUGAUGAAAUUAAAUAUAUUGCUAAAAUCCUUGACCCACAAGCUGUAUGUUUAGCAUCAUUGUCCUGCUGCAUUGUCAUUGGAGGCUAUCUUUGGAAAGAAAUUCUAACACUGUUCACCUAAUUUGGAUAUUAACACCUUCAAACACCAUUAAAGAGUGUCAGUCCAAUCACCUUUAAAUCACUGUUGGGUUUCAAAUCCAGUGUGCUGGAGGACAGCUACAACUCAUGAAAUUUGUCACUGAUCAAAUGUUGUCAGACUGCACUGUACGUUAGUGAGAUCAGAUAUUGUAUGAAACAUUUUGCUUCCAUAAUUAUAUUAUUUAUUGUAUGAAAAUGUUUGAUUCGAGGAGUAGGGAGCAUUUUGAAUUUUAAACGAUCUUGUCGACAUAUAGAGAACAGAUUUUAACAUCUAAUGAAACUGUAAAAAGCACAAACAAAUGUGAAUGUGAAAAAUGGGCAAUAUAUUAUGUAGGAGGUUUAACGAAUGCUAUUAAAACGAGGAAAAAGAAUUUAAUAUUUAAACAUUGUAGCGUUAAUAAUUAAUUGAAACUGUUCUGUAUGACUUUUAUUGUGGCCACAACAGUCCGGUUGAUCAACACAAUCACUGUGUCCCACUUCCGUACGAAGCAUACACUGUGUACUGAUAUUAACAGUUUGAAAUCAUCUCGUACAAAGAGUAAAAACAAGGUCUGCAGUUUAUUACUGUUUCUGUGCUGUAACUGAAGGUUUUGCACCCCGUUCAACAUUGUUUUUCACUUUUUUAGGCGUGUGUGUGUGUGUUAGCAUUGGGGGGACAAACGUCCACUAAUUCCAGUAUCCAUCCAUUUUAAAAAAGUCAUUUUUGAAGUUUAAACACACUCCAUACUGAAAUCAGACUGAAUAUAUAGCAUGCAAGUGGGACACAAAGGACUGGCAGCAGUGACUUGAUAUUUUUAGAAUGGCAUCAUAGGACAGUACUGAAAUGGUUGACUCGAUACUUACUUACCCUACAGUCUGUUUACUUUCUAUGACCUGUGGAAACACCUGGGGUUGUUUUGUCUCUUUAUCAGUGGCCCUGGUAAAGGUUGCUAACUGAACAUUUGCCCCAGUCCAAAAAAAACAAACAUUUACUCGUGUAGCAGCAUGGUUAUAUGCUCCUCUUGCUGCUGUGAGACAUUUGGCUUCACAGCAAUCAGCGAGUUCAAACCAGCCACCAGAAUGUAGCUCAGCGAUGUAGUUGGACAACAAAGCAUUCAGUUCAAGUGCCUCUUUAAGUUGACUUGUGGAUUUAUAACAAACUUUGUUGAUGUCUCAACAUUCUUUGGACCUAUUUUCUUUGAAUGUCUCUUUUCAACUGCUGUAAACUACCAUUUUGUAAUUGAUCCUUAAAUGACUGCUCUUCCUUCUAACCCGUUUGCCGGUACUUCAGUUUCUGCCUUAUCAAUCUUUCUGAAUCGAAGCAUAGUUGAGAAAGUUUUUUUUUUUUUUUUUUUUUUUUUAAGCCUUCUCAUUUUCCUGUGCCUCACCCUGAGGAAAUGUUUGUAAUCUAACACGCUAAAUCAUUCUAAAAUUUCAACAGCUUCUUGUCCAUGUAAUCCCUGCAUCUGUGCAUAUUGACACCACUGAGUCAUUUUAUUGAUGAACUAUAUCAGGAACUAGUUUGUGGACACUGCGUGCGCACACACACACACACACACACACACACACACACACACACACACAGGUUCCAGCCCACAGCCUGCACAGUGUGAGUCAUAGAGCUGAUGAGGCUGAGCACGUAGGACUGUAUCCAAGGGCUUACUUUGGUCCUCACCGUCAGCGCUGCUUUGAUCCAACAGACUGUGUACAAACGUAUUGUGGCAUGUGUGACAGAGCUUGUUGAUCUUCACUGACUGGAGCUAAAGUGACCUUAAACUGAGUACUUUUUUUGUUUUGUUUUUUCUACCGACAAUGUUUUAAGAGUUGCUAAGGUGUGUGUUCAAACUGUAAAUUAUCUAAUGUUAAAAAGAAGAAGAAAAAAAAGACCAAAAACAUUUGACACCAACCUCUCCAUGCUGUAUAACUUGUAUGUCUGGUCUGUAGGCAUAUGUAACUGUAACGGUGACAUGAUUAGUAACUUUAGAAACACUUUCUGCAAGGCUUUAUUGCAAACCCUCUAGGAUUGUCCUCUUGAAUUGAUUGUAUGUGGGAGGAAGUUAAGCUCCCCUCUGUAACUAUGCAGUACUUGGUCUUUUGCAUUGCUUUUAUAUGCAUGGACCAAACAGCUUAGACUUCUGGUGUAGUCUGUAGAUUAAAUAAAACCUCGAAGAAGCUCGAAGCUGUUUGUGUAUGGUGGAAUAGAUCUGAAUAACUGAAUUUAAAAGGUUAGCACAAAAAAACGUUCUCAAAUUAACCCCCGUCAGGCUAGAUUUCUCUGUCCAGCUUUUUGAAAUGUUUAUGAAUAUUUAUAAUAAUGUGCUGUGAGUGCACACCAAGUGCACUUGAGGACUUGUACAAUUCUUUUAUGGGUGUAAAUAUACUGUCUAUCCAAUCUGACCCACUGUUUAACGUAAUUGUUGUAAAAUAAACACUGUUUACUUUGCAAAUAUGUGCAUAGUAUAUAUUUGUUAACUAAAUGAACUUUGAAAUUGUAAAUAAAGCUUUCAUUGUUUGUAAA